UAGAAAAGAAGGGAAAUAAGUAACCCCUAUCCCCCAAUUCUCCGUCUCUCUCUCUCUGUGUUAGUUGCUCUCGGCGCCGCUACCGAUCUUGGCACUUCUCACUUUUCACUACCCACCAAGAAUGAAGGCUUCGCUGAAAUUCCGCGAAGAACAGAAGCCCUUAUUAAGGGCCAAAGUGCCACUAAAUAUCUUAGGUAUGCCCUUCCAAUCUGGGAUCGUAGCCGGCGACUCCAAAGAACUAACCCUAAACCUCGGAACCUUCUUCGACUCUGGCCCUUCCAUUAGGCUCUCCUACAGACCCAACGAUUCUCUUAACCCUUUCUCUCUCGUUGUCAAGACUGGAACCGGACCCUUCGGUUCCCCGUUGUCCAGCUCAAUGCUCAUGAGCUGCGAGUUCAACUUGCUACCUAAUCGCCUUACCGGCAACCGGAACAACGUAACUAGCCCUCUUUUCAUGCUUCAUUUCAAACCUCGAUUUGGGGAUUUCUCGUUCAAGAAAUCGCAGUCCUCGAUUUUCGAUAAGAAAGGUUUUGCCGGCGGUGUUGUUGUUGGUGGCGGCGGUGCUGGCUCUGACGACGACGGUUCGAUUGAGGUUGUGGAUUCGCCGGCGAAGGUGGCGGCAGAGAUUGGGGGUUUUGGGGGAUACGGCGGCGGCAAGGUUCCGAUCUUGGGAGGGGGAUCUCAGGCAGCCGGAGCGAUUGCGGGGAUGUUCUCCGGCAUGGAGGUGUCGGCGAGGACGACCCUGCCGGUGAGGGGGCGUGCAGCAUUAAAGUUUCGGUGGGGAGUUAGGGUUCCUGCGGAGAUGAAGGUAGGUGAGGGAAAAACGACAAGUGGAUUUGCGUUUCGGAAUGUGCCGUUUUUGGUGAUGGAUAAGAUUGGAAUUGAGCAUAUGGUUGACGGUGGUGGCGGCCGCGGUGGCAAUUUGAGGGAUGUAAAGGGGAAGGGGAACGGUGAAUUGAGUUUUCCGACGAGUGGGGAUGUGGCGGAGGCGUGUUUGACGGUGAAGAGGCAGCUGGAGGUUCUUCAAGCUGAGAACGGGUUGCUGAGGAACGCUGUGGAGGAUCUCCGGCGAGAAAUUGCAGGCACUGGAGGAGGAGGUUUUGAAUUUGGAAGGAAUGGAAUGAAAGGGAAGAAUACUGAUCCCAGAAAGAGUGAGAAGAAAUCUUCCGAUUUCAAUGGUUUUCCUGGAAAAUCAAAUGAAGCUGAUGCCAGUGCAGAAUUGAAGAAGGCGUUUAUUGGAGCCACUUCACCUUAAAAAAAAAACACUGCCCAAAUAAUUCGGCACUUCUAAGAUGGUGCUGCUAAAUUUUUUGGUGUCUUAAUCAUAUAUUUGGCUAAAAUGUUAUUAGAAUUCCAUGCUAUUUUUGCUAUAGGUUUUUUAAUUUUUUAGUUCCCGGUCUAUUAGAUUGAACUUCUAGUUAUCCCCAAUGUUUUGAUUUUGGUUGAUUAUGUAAUUAGUGAGGCUUUUUGGUGUUUGUAAAUUACUAAAUAAGUAUGAAUUAAGUUCUGUCUUAA